AUGUCGAGAUACAGGUGGACCUGGACAAGGUCCAGCGGUCUGGGAGGAAAGCUGGAGGCCGGGGGAGUUCCGGCGCGUGGAAACGAGGGCGCGACGGUCCGUAACAUCCGCGGCUUUCCAGGCCAACCGCUACUGGUCAUCGAAUUGGGCGACGAUUGCAGACGGGCGUUCAACAUUCACCCGCACUUGUUCCCCUUACAAAACCUCUGGCUGUACCAAAACUGGCAGACACUGCGGGGGAGCAAGGCCAGACUGGACGACUUGCAACCGACGCCCAUGACAGCCGAGGACCAUGAUUCACUCAACAACCAUUUCUACUGCUGCCUCCAACGGUUCGUCGACGAAGCAGCCAGGAAUCGGGUGGGCUCAAGCCAAGAUAUACACCGGGCCGCUGACGCUAGCGACUUGCGGAAACCUCGUUCCGUGGCCAGCCCUGUUUCUUCCAGCACCUCCUCCCGCACGCUCGUACGUAAGGCCAGUGCCGUCACCAACACACCCUCUCCUCCAUCGCCGUCGCCCACGAGGUCGAGCCUACCGGUGGGGCAUUCCGGCCCACUAGCGGCGCAGGACAGCCGGAGCCGAGAGCCAGGGGUCAAGCGGCCGCGACCACGAGGCGAUACGAGCCAGGACGUCGACCAUGCGUGCAAGAGAGCGCGGGCAACGGGGAGGGCAAGGAGGAGCAAAACUCCUUCGAGCGACGCACUAUCCCCCAAGGGCGUGAUCGGCGGCGCCGGUCAGGGAGCUCCUGAUCAGGGAAAACGCCAAAAACAGGGGAUUUUUAUUUUAUCUCAACGCGCCUUACCCGUUUGGGCCCCCAAAUCGGUGCACAGCCGUCCUCCCUGGCCAGGAAAGAUUGUGCAAAAACGCAGGGGCCAAACCAAUGUAUCUCAUCGACAGGGACCCAGAUUUCAGCCAUAAACGGAUUAGUUGCCAAGCAAAAAACCUUCAAACCGCACUUUCUUGCCAAAAUUCUCCCCGGCCGUAGGAAGCCCGGGGAGGUCGCUAAAAAGGUCGCCGGUGCGCGCAAAACUCGAUUUUCACAGUUCCAGUUUUACGGUGCGGUUAGCAUAUUCGUACGAAUUUCCCCGGAUGGCCCCCCCCACUGGUACUUUGACUGCCCCUGCAGUCUUUUCCUGAUCAGGAGCUCCCUGAUCAGGAGCUCCC